ACUAAGCGGGGUGGUAUAUCGGUGAAAGAAUGGGCGAGAGAAGAUGAGUGUUGGUGGAGAGACGCUCUCGAAAACUUCGAGAAACCUGUUCCAGCCAAAGAAUUCUUCAAGGAUGACAACAAACCGUGGUGGGAGGAGGAGGAGAAGCCGAAGGUCAUAUCUGCCAAGGACUUCUUCGAGGACGAGCGGCCUUGGUGGGAGGCACAGGAAGAAGAGAAACCAAAGGUGAUUUCAGCCAAAGAAUUUUUCAAGGACGAGAUCCGGCCGUGGUGGGAGGCGGAGGCCGAGAAGAAGGUCGUUUCCGCCAAAGAGUUCUUCAAAGAGGACGACCGACCUUGGUGGGAGGAGGCCACGGCCGCCGAGGACGCGUCCAGGGCCCCGGGGAUGGUGGCGUCGUUAAAAAAAAGCUCGGUGGCUGCGUCAUCUGCUGAGGGAGAAGUCGAGAGCGGCGAGGAAAGUGGAGACGAAAGCGAAGAGGAGAGCCUAGAGUUCGAGUCCUACGAGGAGUCCACGAGGACUGAGGACUAUGAGGACGCCACCGAAAGCAUGAUGAGCGACUCCAGUACCAUGUACAGCGCCAGUGAAGGGGAGCGUCUCCAGGCAAACAUCGUGUUCAAGGAGAAGCCCUGGUGGGAGACCGAGGGGGGCGGCGAACACGGGUCGCCAGAGAGGCAGGUGCCAGAUGAUGUGAGUGAAGUGAGCGAAGCCACCGAGACGCUGGACAUGGACGGCAGCGAGAUCAGUGAGAUGACGACUGAGGUGUCACAGGGAUCCAUCGGGGAACCAGACACCUCAAUCAAGUUCAUGCGAAGAGAAAGGCAUGCUAUGAGGAGACUCAGAGACAAGGGAAGAAGAUGAGGAAGAUGGAGAUGAUCUCGAAAAUGAGGAAGAAGAAGAAGAUCAGGAAAAGGAAGAGGUACCUUCUAUUGAAAGAAAACAUAAAGCAAAUGAAGAUGAAGAUGAAGGCGAAGAAGAGUGUGAGAGUGAAAGUGAGGAAGUAAAGAGCGAAGAUGAAAUUGAAGACAUGCCCGAUGAGGAACUCGAAGAAACAGAUCUCAAAUUGGAAGAAUUGGAUGAGGAAAUUGAGAAAAGUAUCAAGACUGAAGACGUUCCAGCACAGUCACAAACCACAGACAUCACAGAGGAAACUAUACCUGUCAAAGACAAGGAGGAACCGAUCCAAGCAAACCAAGAACCUGUAAGUGAACCUGUAGUUAAAAAGGAGGACAAAGCUUCCCCUAAUCUUGAGAAAGUUGAGACGUCGAUCACAGUCUCGAGAGGUAGAUCCCUCUCGCCGGAAAGAACGCCCGGAACAAAGACAGAAGCGGUGAGUAAACCGGACGAAAUUCCUUUGAAGGAGAAUACCAAUAACAUAGACAUAGAAAUCACUAAUCCAGAGAGUUUAACAGAACAUUUACUUAGCGUUCAGCAGAUCGAGGGAAAUUUACAGAAAUCGGAUUCUCAGACGAGUGGCUACGACUCAAGUUUAUCUUUGUCAGAGAGUAAGGCUCGAGAUCUUUCUAGAGACUCUGGAUGCGACAUAUCUGUUGGAGAAGCUGAGAAAACUGUUGAGAAGGAAACCAAGAACGAGUCUGAGAAGGAGACUGGGAUCAACAGCGACAAGGGCAUUCCUGUUGAACCAUCAGAAACUAUCGAAAUCAUCCCAGAAGAAACUAUCGAGCAGAUAGAGGGGAAUGUGAAGAUCCAAUCUACUGUAGGAAACAAAAUCAUAAUACAGCUUAAGCUAGAAAGUGACACUUCUGCGGACAACAAAGCUGGCAACAUAAGUGCCAAAGCUACUGAAGAACAAACAAAACAUGAAAAAGGGAAGCAAGAUAAAUGUGAAGAACAAAAAUCCUAUGCAGCAGCAGUGAAAGAAACCACUGCAAAGUCGCCCAUUCAGAAGAAAAUAACUGAUGAGACAUCCAGUGAAAGUAAGGAUCUCGAUUCGCUGGAAGGCGAUGCAGAUCAAAACGUGGCCAAGGAAAGUAUAGACAAGGUCGUAGUGAAUAAGAUGGAUGCAUGUUUAGCAAAGGUAGAUGCAAGUUUAGCUUGGGUAGAUGCUAGACUGACAAGAGAUGGUCACAAAACUUCCACCGAAAAUCUACCACAAAAAGACGUUGAAAAGGAAAAGGUUACCUACGCUGGCAUUGUCAAAAGUGGAGCUAAAAUUAAUAUUCCUCAACUGAUAGACAAGAAAACGAAACCGCCCAACUCCUCUGACAAAAAGGCACAGCCGCAGCAGCAGAACAAAGCUAAAUCUGGAGAUAGCCUAGUUGUCUUAAAAGUACAAGCACAUGUACCUGAAGAGCACACAAAAGAACAGGAGAACACCAAGGAUACAUGUGAACUUAGCGAAACUCCAAGUGAACAGAAGAAAACCGAAUUGUCAGUGGAUGUGAAGAACACCAGUUCAUCCCCUACACUUCCGUCUCAACCAAAAGAAACACAAGAAGUGCGCAACAGGUCAAUAACAUUUGCAAAUGAACAGAAAUCUCAGACUUCACCUCCAAAAGACACCCCAGAUGCACUCAAGGAUUCGCAAACCAAAGGCAAAACCCCUACAACAAUAGUGAAACCCUCACCCCAAGUCACUGAGCAACAGAGCACCAAAACAAGAGAAAGUUUGCAAGAGCCAGUAAGCCAUCCAAAGAAGAGGCAUCGCAAGCCACAAGACGCGUUAGGCCAGUGAUAAAGGAAGGCAAAGAAACCACAACGGAAGAGACAAAGGAAAUUUCAAGCAAGAGAGAAGAACCUGUUCCUGAGAAUGUUCCAAGGAGGCGCGAAAGGAGGACAGAUGAUAGUACAAGACAAAAGAGUCCUUCAUCAGAUAAGGAAAAACAAGAUCCCAAUCCAGAUAAAGGCCAAAGGAGAAGAGAAGAGAGCAGAACAGAAAAUAAGGAGGAACAACAGAAAUCCAGUCCAGCAGAUGUUUCAGAGGGUAAACCGUCUCCUAUAUCACAAGGUGAACUCAGACGGAGGCGAAGAGGAGAAAGUAGACAAGAAAAUGAAAU